GCAGCCUCUAUGGCCCUGAGCAGCCUGGGUCAUGUGUACACAGCCAUCGGGGACUACCCUAAUGCCCUGGCCAGCCACAAGCAGUGUGUCCUACUGGCCAAGCAGUCCAAGGACCAGCUGUCGGAGGCACGAGAGCUGGGCAACAUGGGCGCCGUCUACAUCGCCAUGGGCGACUUUGAAAACGCUGUCCAAUGCCACGAGCAGCACCUGGGCAUCGCCAAGGCCCUGACCAGCAAGAGGGAGGAGGCCCGUGCCUACAGCAACCUGGGCAGUGCCUAUCACUACCACCGUAACUUUGACAAGGCCAUGUCCUACCACACCCAUGUGCUGGAGCUGGCCCAGGAGCUGGAGGAGCAGCCUAUAGAGAUGAGGGCGUACGCUGGACUGGGGCACGCUGCUCGCUGCAUGCAGGACCUGGAGAGAGCCAAGCAGUACCACCAACAGCAGCUGGCCAUCGCUGAGGGCCUGAAGGACAGGGCUGCAGAGGGAAGAGCCUCCUCCAACCUGGGCAUUAUCCACCAGAUGAAAGGGGACUAUGAAACUGCACUGAAACUCCACAAAACCCACCUCUCCAUCGCCCAGGAGCUCACUGACUAUGCUGCUCAGGGCCGUGCCUACGGUAACAUGGGCAACGCCUACAACGCGUUGGGGGCCUUUGACCAGGCUGUGCGCUACCACCGCCAGGAGCUACAGAUCUCCAUGGAGGUCAACGACCGAGCCUCCCAGGCCUCCACCCAUGGUAACCUGGCCGUGGCCUACCAGGCUCUGGGGGCGCACGACCGCGCCCUGCAGCACUACCAGAACCACCUCAAUAUCGCCCGCGAGCUGCGAGACGUCCAGAGUGAGGCUCGGGCCCUGGGCAACCUGGGGAACUUCCACUGCUCCCGGGGAGAGUUCCCCCAAGCCGUGCCCUACUACGAGCAGUACCUCCGCUUGUCCCCUGACCUCCAGGACAUGGAGAGUGAGGGGAAAGUCUGCCACAACCUGGGCUACGCCCACUACUGCCUGGGAAGCUACCAGGACGCUGUCAAGUACUAUGAGCAGGACCUGGCUCUGGCUAAGGACCUGCAUGACAAGCUGAGCCAGGCCAAGGCCUACUGUAACCUUGGACUGGCCUUCAAGGCUCUGGGUAACUUCACCAAGGCAGAGGAGUGUCAGAAGUACCUGCUCUCUCUAGCCCAGUCUCUUAAUAAUGCACAGGCCCGCUUCAGAGCCCUGGGCAACCUGGGGGACAUCUUUGUCUGCAAGAAGGAUGUGACCGGAGCUAUCCAAUUCUAUGAGCAGCAGCUCGCCCUGGCUCACCAG